AUGACACGUUCAAACGUUCACGACAACAUCAAAGAGCUCUCCCCUGUCUGCCCCACGAACAUCUUCAAGUGCGGCGGGAAGCCCCCCGUCUCACGACCUCUCCUCCUCCAGUCCGGGCUCGCGAACGGCACGCGCGUCGGCCCGAUCGCGGGUGAGCUCGACGGCUUCGAGGCGGCAGAGAAUGGGCACCAACGCCGCGAGCGCGCAAGGCGCGGGACUGUCGAGGUGCGUCCCUUCUUCCGCCCCCUCUUGCGCUUUUCCUCCCAUCCCUCGUGGGGCGGUAUGCGUUGCAUACUGGUGGAGCUGUGGCCGGCCUCCACAUGCUCCUAUGGGCCCGUCCCCUGCUACGGCGACGCGGCGCAAUACACGUUCCAACACAUCCAGCCGCUGCCGCACCUGCCUGACCGAUCCGCCGCCCGCGCCCUCCUCGCGUGGCUCGCGGCAGACCCAGCGAUCGUGCACGUCAUGCACACGCACCGGCUCUCCGUGGGGUUUCUUACGGAGCUCGCCCAGCACGAGCAGCCGCACCUGCUCGGCUCAACGUGA